AGGUGGCGGCGCACAUGGGCGCGGGGCCCGGGCCCGGGGCCGGCACCGGCACGGGGAUCGGAAACGGGAUCGGGAUCGGGAUCGGGAUCGGGAAUGGGGCGGGAGGAGCCGCUGCCGGGGCCCUGGGCGCUGCCGUGGCUGCUCUCUACACGGCCACGCUGCCGCCCGCCCUGCCCGGCGGGGAUGCGGGGGAGCUGAUCACAGCCGCAUAUGAGCUUGGAGUCGCCCACCCUCCUGGCUACCCCCUGUUCACGCUGCUGGCCAAAGGGGCCACGGGGCUGCCCGGCAGCUCCCCUGCCUUCCGAGUCAAUCUCCUCUGCGGCUUGGUGGGAGCAGCUGCUGCCUCUUUGCUUUUUUGCACGGUUUUCAGGCUUUCUGGCUCAUAUGCUGGAGGAAUCCUUGCUGCGGGGGUGUUUUCGUUUUCCCGUCUAACAUGGCAGUGGUCCAUCACGGCGGAGGUUUUCAGCUUAAACAAUCUGUUUGUGGGGCUGCUGAUGGCUCUCACUGCUCAUUUUGAGGAGGCAUCCUCUGCAAAAGAGAGAUCAAAGAUCUCUAAAUGGGGUGCCUUUUGCUGUGGGCUCAGUCUGUGCAAUCAGCACACCAUAGUGCUUUAUGUUGCUUGUAUUGUGCCCUGGGUUCUCUCACAGCUUUUCAGAAAGAGGGAAUUGUCCCUAGGCCAUUUGCUGAAGUUGGGUUUAUGCUUCUUGGCUGGUUUGCUGCCUUAUCUCUAUCUGCCGGCUUCGUCCUACCUCAAUCGAGCCCGCUGGACAUGGGGAGACCAGACGACUUUUCAAGGAUUUCUGACCCACUUUCUGAGGGAAGAAUAUGGGACAUUCAAUCUGGCCAAGUCUGAGACAGGAUCCAGUAUGGGAGAGAUGCUGCUUUUCCAGCUGGCACAGAUGAAGUCAGAGCUCUCCCUUCCUGUCCUUGCCCUGGCACUGGUGACCUGUGUGAGCACAGCACUGCCACUGAAAAAGCAGCAGAAAUCACCUGUGAUAUGGCUCUUCACUGGAAUGCUCUGCCUUUAUUCCCUUUUCUUUGCUUGGAGAGCAAAUUUGGAUGUUACAAAGCCUCUGUUUCUAGGCGUGGUGGAGCGGUUCUGGCUGCAGAGCAGCGCUGUGGUGGCUGUGCUGGCAGGGCUGGGCUUGGCCACACUGGCCAGCCUGGGGAGGGACACUGUGCUGCAGGGCACCUUGCUGCUGCCAUGCCUGGAAUGGCUUCCUGCUCUUGCCCUCGUGGCUUCUCAACUUUGGGCAAAUUACAGCACUUGUGAUCAGAGCAACAACUACGUUGUUGAUAAGUUUGCAAGGAACGUGCUGUCCUCCAUGCCAAGGGGGGCAGUGAUCCUGCUCAGAGGAGACUUGCCAGGGAAUGCUCUUCGUUACCUUCAUUAUUGUGAGGGGAUGAGGCCAGAUAUCACCUUAGUGGACCAGGAGAUGAUGACUUACGGAUGGUAUUUACCCAAGCUGGCAAAGCACUUACCGGGCGUUCAUUUUCCCGGGAACCGAUGGAAUCCUGUGGAAGGAGCAUUACCCGACGGGACACUCGCCUUUAAUCUCCAUCGUUUCCUCCAAGUAAAUAAACAUAAGGAAGUGUUUGUCUGCAUAGGUCUUCAUGAGGGGGACUCAACCUGGAGAAGGAGCCACUCGCUGUGGCCCUGGGGGACGUGUGAGAAGUUGGUUCCUUCUGGAGCUGUGUUUGACCCAGGAGAGUGGAUUCAUCUCACAAGGAAUCUCUAUAACUGGACUGAAGACUAUGGCAGUUUCAGCCCCUCUUCCUGGGAAGCUGUUGCCAACGAGGAGAUGUGGCAAGCCAGGAUGAAAACAGCUUUCUUCAUCUUUGACCUCGCAGAAAGAGCCAGUGUGACUGCAGAAAUGAAAGCACAACUUUACACAUUCGCAUACACUUCAUACAAAGAAAUUGUCAGCUCCCAUCCCCAUCACCCGGUGAACUGGCACAAAAACUUCGCCAUCGCCUGCGAGAGGAUGCUGCGCCUCGGCCGGCGGGACGUGGACCCCGAACUGCUGCUCUCCCAAACUGUGAAACAUUUCCUGCUCUACACCCAGAAGGCAGAGGAUGAUCCCCAGCACCAGGACAUCCUGCAGGCCGUGCAGCACCUCAGGGAGGAGCUGCAGGGGCUGAGGAGGAGGAAGGCAGAGCUGAGGCGCGGAGCUGGGUAGCUCCCGGUCCUGCUGAAGCGUUAAAGUCGGGACUUAAAAUCUGAAUUAGUCCUUGGCUGUGUGAAAGCGGUUUGAAAAGGGGACAGAAAUGGCAGCAGAGAGGAAAUCCAGUGUGAUCCCCUCUGCAGGAACAUAGUGGUGUUUGGUUUCUGUUGCCAAGUGAACUUUUUUGGGGGGUAGGGGAGAAGCUCACCACUAAACAAAAUACCAGAUAUAUAUAUAUAUAUAUAAUAUAUAUAUAUUUUUGAUUGAUUGAUUGAUUGAUUUAUGUUGCCAAAUGAACUUUUUCUGGGGGUAUGGGAGAAGCUCACCACUAAAUAAAAUAUCAGGUUUUGAAAAAGAGAGUUUUCUUUUACAAGAACACUAUGAGGUUGUACUGUGAAUAUAUAUAUAUAUUUUUAUGAAUGCAGCGUCCAUUCUAGAUGUAAAAAUGUAUUUAGCAUUUUAUUGUUUCCUCUGUUGCUGAGCCAAGAGGUUUCCUAAAGGCAUUUUUCAUUA